AUGUUUCAGCAAUACCCUAAGCGGAAGUCGAACCAUGACAGUGCAGCGUCUGAUCUCUACACAUUGCCACGAGCGCCCUUGGGUCACAGGGCAGAUGUGGAUCCCCAUUACAUUUUGGCCAUAAUGCCGAAUUUCUCUGACGGUUUUGAUUACCCGUCUCCCUAUUUCCGUGACAGCCGGGCCACCAAAGUUGUAUUUUUUUCUUAG